GUCCUCCCUGCUCCGGGCACGGCUUUGCAUCGGUGCCUGCAGCCGAGUCCAGAAAGAAAGGCUAUGGUUUGGGUUUUGCGCCCGGAUGGAAGUGUGGGUAAAGCACAGAGUUGGACCUGUUUCUGUUUUUGUCACAGACUUGCUAUGACCUUGGGCAGUCUGUUUGAUAUCUGUAAACUGGAGCCAAUCUCUCUCUCUCUCUCUCUCUGCUUGACAGGCCCUCCAAUGAAAUACCAUUGACUAUUUCACCUUCAACAAAAUACCAUCGACUAAAGGCUGUACCGACGCCUAUCCAGUAUUCCUGGUUAUAGAGCUUUACACACUUUGCAACUGAGAAAUAUGCCCAAGCAGAUAAAUGGCCAAAAAAAAGGUUCUGUCAUCCCAAAUGAUCUCAGUGAUUCCUUUGAAGAAGUUAAAGCUUUUCUGAGUGACGAAGAUACACUACAUCUCUUUGAUGACCUUACCAAAGUUAAUCCUGUGACCACCACAACAGUUCUGAAAUGUCUCCAAGCAAGAUACGCAGGGAACGUGUUCUACACCAAUGCUGGCUGCAGUCUCGUGACUGUAAAUCCAUUUCAACCCAUCUCUUCCCUCUAUUCUCCCGAGCUUAUGAAGGAGUAUCAUGCCGCGCUUCGCCCUCAGGAGUUGAAACCUCACGUCUUUGCUGUGGCUGAACAGACCUACCGAAACGUCCAAAGCCAGAUAGAACCCGUGAACCAGUCUAUAAUUGUCAGUGGAGAAAGUGGUGCAGGGAAGACUUGGACAUCCCGAUGCCUUAUGAAAUUUUAUGCCACUGUUGCCGCUUCAACCACUUCCCCUAAAGGCAAUGAAAUGGUGGAAAGGAUCGAGAGGAGAGUACUUGACUCGAACCCUGUUAUGGAGGCUUUUGGCAAUGCAUGUACUCUACGGAAUAACAACAGUAGCCGUUUCGGGAAAUAUAUCCAGCUUCAGUUAAACAGAUCACAACAUCUGACUAGUGCUUCCAUUCAAACUUUUCUACUGGAGAAAACCAGAGUUGCCUAUCAGGCCCCUUGCGAAAGGAACUUCCAUAUCUUUUAUCAGAUCACAAAAGGUGCAACGAAGAAAGAAAGGGCGGAGUGGAAGCUCCACAAAGGUGCAAACUUCUUCUGGUUGCCAAAUCCUGAAAAAGACCUAGAAGAGGACUGCUUUGGGGUAACCAGAGAUGCAAUGUUUCACUUGGGCAUUGACUGCUCCACACAGAACAACAUUUUUAAGGUAUUGGCAGGGCUUCUGCAUCUUGGUAACAUUCAGUUCUCCAGUUCCAUAGAUGAAUCUCAGCCUUGUGAGCCAGAAGAUGAUGCCAAAGGCUUUGUGAAGACCACAGCAGACUUGCUGAAAAUGUCUGCGGAAGAGUUGCUGGAAACACUGAGGAUUCGAACUAUCACUGCUGGAAAGCAACAACAAGUCUUCAAAAAGCCCUGCUCCAGAUCAGACUGUGAGACAAGAAGGGACUGCCUGGCCAAAGUUAUCUAUGCCAAAUUGUUUGACUGGUUGGUUUCAGUAAUAAAUGAAAGCAUCUACGCAGAUUCUUCCACAUGGGGAAAUUUUAUAGGGUUAUUGGAUGUUUAUGGAUUUGAAUCUUUCCCUGAAAACAAUCUAGAACAGCUUUGUAUUAACUAUGCCAAUGAAAAACUACAGCAACACUUUGUGGCACACUACCUGAAGGCACAACAGGAAGAAUAUGCGGCAGAAGGUCUCGAGUGGUCUUUUAUAAACUACCAGGAUAACCAGAGCUGUCUAGACCUGAUAGAAGGAAGCCCUGUCAGCAUCUUUUCAUUGCUCAAUGAGGAGUGUCGUCUGAACAGGUCCUCCAACGUCAGCCUGUUCCAAACCCGGAUUGAAAAAACCCUGUCAGAUAAUGAAUGUAUAAGUCGGGACAAGUUUAGCAAGAAGCCCAACUUCAUUAUUUCCCAUUAUGCUGGCAAAGUCUGUUACCAGGUAGAAGGCAUGGUGGAGAAAAACAAGGACCCGAUUCCACCGGAGUUAAUUCAGCUUCUGCAGACGUCCCAGGACUCUCUGCUUCAGACGCUGUUUCCCAGGACGGAGGAAAGCCAAAACCACGUCAAAACCCAGAACAGAGCAGCCAUUGUUACAGUGGUCUCAAAGUUCAAGGGGUCACUUGAACGCCUGAUGCAGAUUUUAAAUAGCACUACGCCUCAUUACAUCAGAUGCAUCAAGCCGAACGCUGACUGCAAGGCAAUGACUUUUAAAAAAGAAGAGGUUCUCUGUCAACUCGAGGCAUGUGGCAUAGUAGAAACGAUCACUAUCAGCGCAGCUGGAUUCCCUAUUAGGCUCUCCUUCCAAAGUUUCACUGAGCGUUACGAAGUACUGAGAAAAUCACGUACGUCAAAUAAAAACACAGGACGUGCUGAUGAAAAUGGUCUCUCUCCUGCCAAGAAGAAAAAAGGUGGGACUGUGAUGCCAUGUGAUGAUGAAGCAUUGCGCUCUGUCAUCCAGGAAGUUCUUCAGGACGUGGUGGGGGCACAACGUGCAGCUUCCCUCAAGCAAACAGAAGCCAAAGCCAACAAUUCUUUGGUAUAUUGUGGCAAAACCAAAGUAUUUAUGACGAACUCUAUGCUAGAACAACUGGAAGCCAGAAGAGCAGCAGUAUUUUCGGAGAAAGCAUUUUGCAUUCAGUGUUGCUGGAGAAGAUUUAAGCAGAGGAAGCUAGCAAAGCAGAGAUGGUCUGUUACCGUGAUCCAAGCAGCUGUUCGCUCCUGGCUAGCCAAGAAACAUUUCCAAAGGAUGCGUAGGGCUGCUAGCAUUAUAAAGCGUGUCUGGAGGAAAUGGAAAGCAAAAAUGGCUGCAAUAGCUGCAGAAGAGUUGGAUGACAUCGAAGAAAAACCCAUUUCCUCGGUUCCUGGAGCUACUGUUUCCUUAGGCACGUCACCUGGCCCACUGGGAACAACUUGGCCUCUGAGUGCAAUAAUCCAGUUGUGGCCUCUUGGACUAGCUCUGUCCACGGCACCCAUUACGGUGGGCGGGCUUCGACGAGACCCGUCCUUGCUGAUGUGCUUGAAAGUGCUUCAUCGGAACAACCGCUGCAAAACAGAGGGCAGUUUGUUUGGCUGUGGCAUCGCCUCCAUCAGAGCACUCCCACAGGGCUCCAUCAAGUUUCACUGCAAGAAAUCUCCACUGCUACAUGCGAAUGUCAGUCCAUAUAACCAGGCCUACAUCACCACUGGAUUCAACCAAAUUUUACUAGAUCGAAAAAAACUGCUCACCACAUAAGGCGGCGGCCUUUUUGUCACCUUAAUUUAUUGCACU